AAAUCACUUCUUUACCCUUCGUCUCCGCUUAGUUUCCUUUCCUCGUACCCUCUGCAACAAAUAUAUAGAUAUAUAUAUAUAUAAUUUCUUCUUCCUUCCUGAGAUUUCGGAAUUUCAUUUCUGUAUAAUUUAAGCCGUUAAUUCGAUGAAUAUAAAAAAAACCUUGAACUCCCCAAAAAUCUGCUAAUUUGUACGUAAUUUCAGUUUUCAGUUCGUACGUCGUAAAAAUUAAGGUAUGCCGGUCGUCGCUACCCGCGUAGAAACUGCCGCCGAUCCACAGGCGCUCGCCAACGGCGGCGCCGGCUGGUCGCCGGCCGACUCCGCGGCGCUGUACAAAAUCGACGGCUGGGGCGCGCCGUACUUCUCCGUCAACUCUAACGGCAACGUCGCCGUCCGUCCUCACGGCGUCGAUACAAAACCCCACCAAGAAAUCGACCUCCUCAAAGUCGUCAAAAAAGCCGCCGGUCCGAAAACCUCCGGCGGGCUCGGGCUCCGGCUUCCGGUCCUCGUCCGGUUCCCCGACGUCCUCAAAAACCGGCUGACAUCUCUCCAAUCCUCGUUCGACCUCGAAAUUGAAUCUCAGGGCUACGCCGGACGUUACCAGGGCGUUUAUCCGGUGAAAUGCAACCAAGACAAGUACGUCGUACAAGACAUCGUCAGGUUCGGGUCGGGUUUCCGGUUCGGACUCGAGGCCGGAUCCAAACCCGAGCUCCUGCUCGCAAUGACCGCCCUCUGCCAUGGCAGCUCCGACGCGCUCCUCGUCUGCAACGGAUUCAAAGACGCCGAGUACAUCUUCCUCGCCCUAACCGCCGCCGGAACCCUAAAAUUGAACGCCGUGAUAGUCCUCGAGCAAGAGGACGAGCUCGACGUCGUGAUCCGCCUGAGCAACAAGCUUCGAGUCCGUCCGGUCAUCGGCGUCCGGGCGAAGCUCCGGACGAAACAUUCCGGCCACUUCGGCUCCACCUCCGGCGAGAACGGAAAAUUCGGACUCACGGCGGCGCAAAUCCUCCGCGUGGUGAAGAAAUUAGGGCAAAAUCAAAUGCUCGACUGCCUCCAGCUGCUACAUUUCCACAUCGGAUCUCAAAUCCCGACGACUGCUCUGCUCGCCGACGGCGUCGCCGAAGCCGCCCAAAUUUACUGCGAAUUAGUCCGCCUCGGCGCCUCCAUGGCCGUCCUCGACGUCGGCGGCGGCCUCGGAAUCGACUACGACGGAUCCAACUCGGCGAAUUCCGACGUCUCCGUCAGCUACACUCUGCAAGAGUACGCCGCCGCCGUCGUCCGGUCAGUCCAGACGGUCUGCAACCGCCGCGGCGUGAAGCAUCCAGUCCUCUGCAGCGAGAGCGGCCGAGCAAUCGUCUCUCACCACUCCAUUUUAGUGUUCGAAGCUUUUUCAUCGACGCCUACUCACGAUCCGCCGCCGAUCGAACUCAAAAACAUCGCCGAUCAAUUUUUUGGCGACGAUGCAGUUGCAGAUUUCAACACAGAGAGGCUGAAAGAGAACUGCAUCGAGCAGUUCAGGCAGGGUACUCUGCCAUUGGAGCACCUCGCCGCCGUCGACGGACUCUGCGAAUCGGCCGCAGCCGGCGACGCCAAUACUUGCCAUAUCACUACAUACAAUGUCAAUCUCUCGAUUUUUUCGUCGAUUCCGGACUUCUGGGGGAUAGGGCAGCUAUUUCCGAUGGUUCCGAUCCACCGGCUGGACGAGAGGCCGACGAGAAGGGGGAUUUUAUCAGACCUGACUUGCGACAGCGACGGGAAGAUCGAUAAGUUCAUUGGCAAGGGGGAGAACAGGGACAGCUUGCCUCUACACAAUUUGGAAAGCAAUUGUAAUUAUUAUUACAUAGGGAUGUUUGUAGGGGGGGCUUAUCAAGAGGCAUUGGGAGGAUUCCAUAACUUGUUCGGGCGGGCGAGCGUUGUGCGUGUGUCGCAGAGCGACGGCCCGCAUGGAUUUGCGGUGACACACGUGGCGCCGGGGGCAUCAUGUGGGGAAGUGCUCCGAUUGAUGCGGCACGAGCCGGAGGAGAUGUUCGAGACGCUUAGGGAGCGUAUGAAUAUGAAUAUGAAGGAUAAUAAGGAAAAAGAUGUUGUAGAUGGCAUUGCUCGUAGUUUUAACAACAUGCCUUAUUUGGGGACAUGGGAUUGGGAUUGGGAUUUGAAUGAAGAAGAAGAAGAAGAGGAGGAGAUAGAGGAUUGGGAUGAAGAGGAAUGGGCUUAUUGUUGAGGGAUGGAUUUGGGAUUGUUAUUGUUAUUGUUGUAUGGAGAAUGGAUGUACUACUUUAUUAAUCUCUAAUUCUAUGUCUUAGCUUUUGUUAUUAUUCAAUAUUAUCCCAUAUUGGUAGA